UUACUCUUUAGGAUGUAGGCUGUACGUGUAGCAAUAGCCAAAAGGCAAGUUAGGUUAGAACAUAAAAAAUAACUAAAUUUAAAGGACAACAAUUAGAAUAUCUUUUAACAUUAUAUUGUCUUGAAAAAUCGUCUCUUCUCUUCGGGCAGAUCUAAUAUCAGCUAAACCAUAAAUUCAGGGAAUUUGGUAUUUAAAUUGAGACUUUUGUGCCUUUUGACAGUUUUGAUAACUGUUUCAGCGUUUGUCAUGUUUCAUUGUUUGUGGGAAGUCAGAUCGAAUUUUUUCCACAAGCUACAUGCUACACUGCUCCACUGCUACUCAGUCAAGAACUCCUAGCGUUACUCCAUACUGUUACUGCACUUAAGAUACAACAGCAUCUUUAGCUACUGUUAUCAACAAUUAAGUUACCACGAAACUCCGCAAAGUUGAAGAACUGAGGCUCUGUGACACGUGAUUUACACAAAAUUUACCCACAGAUUCCUUAAUAUUACUAGAAAAACAGUAGCCAUGAUGCAGCUGAUUUUUCAAUAUCUUGUGGUUACAACUUGUCUAAUGCUACAUGUAUGUCUUGCUGGGAGCACAGAGGAAGGCUCCCUGCCAGGACACCUGCAAGUACUUGGUAAACACCAACCUCCAGAGGGCCACAUUGAAAUUCUCCAUGAUCCUCCAUCCCCCAAGGAAUUCUGGGAGAAAUAUGCUCGGGACGGCAUCCCCGUCCUGUUCCGCGGGAUGGCUAACAACUCACUCGGGGUGCAUCGAUGGACAGAUGAUUAUCUCCGGGAACACUACAGUGACCUUCGAGUGAAGAUAGAAGCAAAAGCAGAGAAGGAAUAUUAUCCUGAAGGAGACAAGGGGAUAGGACAGGACACCGUGGGGUACUUCCUCAAGACGUACAAGUCACGCAAUGCAUACAUUGUCUCACAACUUCCUGACCCGAUGUCAAAGGAAGUCUCUGUUCCUCCCUUCAUGACCUGCGGCACUUUCAGUCAGCGUCUUCUGGAGGCCAAUCUUUGGUUUAGUAGUGGGGGCACCAAGAGCCUGCUUCAUCGGGAUGCAGACAACGCAAUCAACUGUCUCUACUUCGGAACUAAAGAUUGGAUCUUCAUUGAUUCCAAGCAUGAAGAUAUGAUCCCCAUAGCUGAUGAAGAGACCGAGGCUUAUGGUGGGUAUGCUGUACUGAACCCUGAUAGUGUGGACCUAGAGAAGUUUCCGAAGUUUGCUGAUGUUCCUUGGACCUAUGGGAACGUGACUGCUGGAGAUUGUAUCUUUCUACCUCGGGGUUACUGGCACCAGGUCCGUUCCUAUGGCUCUCGGAACCUUGCUGUCUCUCUCCUCUUCUCCCGCAUCAAGGAUAAUGAUCUGUCUGACUGUGAGGGCGCCAAACUGUCUUACACACCGCUGAGUGACAUGGAGAUGGUCUUCACCUAUGAUGGCUAUGCAGAACAAUCCAUGGGAGAUACAGAUCCAUUUGAGCUGAAUGAAACAUUUCAAGAAUGGUGUCGACACAGUGGAUCCGCGAUGAGUACACAAGAUGUCUUCGGUUACCUGCGACGCGAUUUUCAUGAUCGUGAUGCAGAUGACGAGAACAGUAUGGGAGGUGCUGCAUUUCUACUUGAAAUAGCUGAUCAGGUUGUACAGCUACUAGAUGUGGACAGAGACAACAAAGUAUCCUGUAGGGAGGAAGCCCAAGGCCUCAAAUUGGCAACCCUGAAGAAGUUAGCGCACAUCAUUGACAGGGACCCUGCCAACACAGAAGAGUACGAGUAUGCAAAGUUUGAGCCCGACGAAAUCAGGGACUUUAUUUCUGAUCUGAUCUCAAGUCAUGAGAGUGGAGGGCAAGCCAUUAUCUCACGUGAAGAUUUUGUUAAAGCCUAUCAAAAGUUUGGAGGAUCCCAGAAGAUUGGAAACGAGGUAUUUGAUAUAUUGACGUCAGAGGAAGAGGAAUCCGUUUCUACUUUUCACUUGAAGGACCAAGUGGAGAAUAUUUCUGCUCUCUUUGAACCCAAGAUGAAACACCAGAAAGCAGAUCUCCGCUGGGAAGAACAAGAUGAUGCUUGGAUGGCAGAACAUCUUAGUCCUCAGAGUCAUGGAGAACUCUAGAUACCUUUCACACCAAAUAAACUAUAUUUGAGAAUUUUGUGGCCUUGAGAAAUUCCGGACAGAGGCCUCCUUUCCUGAGGCGCAGUAUUUUGAGGCCCAGGACAGGGCCCGGGGGAAAACUUGGCUUCAAGUCCAAGUCCAGCCUUGAGUAGUCUAACACUGCUGUUUAUUAAAGCCCUUCUGUAGGCCUACGUGCCAUAAGGUUUUCACUGAGACGUACAUGCCAAUCAAGUUUCAAACAUGUUGAUAAAACCUUCAUGAUGAACGUAUGUCUUUUUGUUUCAUCUGUAUCAUAAACAAAACUAUGUCUUUAGACCCAUUCAAAUGCCAGUAUAAAGAGUAUUUAGUGCUAAUUGUUUAGCUAUUUGAAAAUGAUAUAUAUGGCAUGAAUAUCUUGAAUAUGUUUACUAAUUGAAAAUCUCUUUGGAAAUUAGUUUUCACUAUUGUAUCUUUGUACUUAUAUUGUAUAUUUUGUUUCCAUGUUUAAUAAUGGGUUUAUGGUUUAACGUUAUCCCAACCUUUUCAUGAUCCAACCACAUUGGCUUGUACAAUGCUAUUGAUUUUAUGUUUUAUACAUGUUUUGAAAAUGGAGAUGUGGUAAUCAAUUCAGUUCAAUCGCAGACUUUCCACAUUUGAUACGGCUGGCCCUUAUAAGUCAUUCGAAAUGUUAAUCAUAUAAUAUACAUGUACUCUAAUUCUAAUGUUUAGGUAUUUUACACAAGUGAAUUGUGAACAUAAUAUUGAAGUUUUUACUACACAACACACACAUAUUUUGUAUCAGAUUCAUUAAGCAUACAACAUAAAUUGAUUUUUGUUGUGGAUUGAUUCAAUAUAUUUUCAUCAAAACUGGAUCUAAAACUUCACUUUUUGUAAUUAUACAUACAUAUAAGUACAAUCUUAUAUUGUCUUGUAACAAGAACAUAAAUUGCUCCAUUCGUCCAUCUGCUUCAUACAAUGAAUGGAACAAUCAUGGAUUGCCAUCUUGUAUACUUUUGUCACAUGUACAUAGUAUAUUUAAAAUAUGCUCCAAAAUAAUGUGGCAGUGUAGAAUUCCGAUCUGUGUCAGACAAAGAGUUAUCUUGCAAACUACAAGCAGAUCGUUUCUAGAAUUGAUGGUAUGUUUUUACUUGACUGCUUUUAAGGAAGGCAUGUGUUGAUUGUGUUUGUUUUUGAGUAAGCAACCAGGGGACCGAAGGAGUUUUAAGCCCUCUCUGAGGGACUUGACAUUGAGGCUUAAUCAAGACCUUACCAACAAAAAAUUAGCAAAUCAAUUUGGUUCCCAGUAGCAAGACCACUACUCUACCACUGAGCCAUUGCACCUUCACAAGGUAUUAUAUAUCCCAAGAUAGAAACAAAUUUUAAUAUCAUUGUAGCGAAGAAGUGGAAUCAAAGUAUGACAUCUUUCAAUAAUGAAUACGAAAAUAGAUCAGAAAGUUAUACAGUGAAAUGUCUUUCAAGUAUGAAAAUAAAAAAGUAAAUACAUUUAUACACUUGAUUUGUAUUGCUUAUUAUGCAAAUAUACAUGUAUCACCACUUUUGCCUUUGCCUGUGUACAUAUUUCAGUACUUUAAAUUCAUUACUUUUGAAAUUGCCUGUUUCUAUAAAACCUAACGUCAUGAAACUUUUGUAUUUAGUUAAAGAAAGAAAUAUAUCAGAUUAACAUGA